CCGCCGCCCGGCGGAGCUGCCCCGGCGAUCGCCCGCCCCGGUCCGGAGAGAGGGAGACCCGAUUUCUCCGGGGAGCGUUUCUGGCCGCGGUCGCAUGAAUGCCCAAUGUUGUAGACCGGUGGCAAUGGAUCUAGGAGUUUAUCAACUAAGACACUUCUCGAUUUCUUUCUUAUCGUCCUUGCUGGGCACCGACAACUCGUCCCUGAGGCUCGACAGUAGGUAAAUACGUCCUGGGCCCGGCGCUGGGCUGCAUUCCUAACUAACGCUCUCUUCUGCGUUUCAGGAUCUGGUAAAGAGUCACUUGAUGUACGCGGUAAGGGAGGAGGUGGAGGUCCUCAAAGAGCAAAUCAAGGAGCUGAUAGAGAAGAACUCCCAGCUGGAGCAAGAAAACACUCUGCUAAAAACACUCGCCAGCCCGGAGCAGCUUGCCCAGUUCCAAGCACAGCUGCAGACUGGUUCCCCGCCUUCCUCUUCCCAGUCGCAAGGGACAACGCAACAGCCUGCUCAGCCGGCAUCACAGGGGUCAGGGCCUUCAGCGUAGUUCAAAGCGUCAUUGCCGUCGUGAUCGCUGGCCUCUGGACUGCCCGGAGCAAGAAGGACUUAGCGGGAAUCCGCCACAGCCACCCUUCAUCCAUUUCAAUGCACACUGCAACCCAGACUGAGGACUCCGUGCCCUGCACGCAUCGGGAGAGUCUUUUCCCCCACCCCGUAUUACACUCUCAUCUGUCUCCCUCUUCCCUCCCUUCCCCCUUUGGCUUGAAGGAGUCUUUGUUCUUAGGUUGGUUGAAUAAAAUAAACUUCUUCCAGAGAAUUAGCACAAGUACACUGGGGACUUGAGCGGCUUCUGCAAAUGGCUGAGGAUCGAAGCUGCGUGCCUGCAUUUUUUUGUUUUGUUUUUAAAUCUUCCACUCAUCCAGUGAUAAAACUGAUACAAGUGCUUUUCGAGCUUGGAAAUAUGAAGAAAUAGACUGGAGUAAAAAGCGAUGGCUGAAUCCCCCAUAGUGGUGCACUGGGGUUCCAAAGUGAGGACUGGUGCAUAGGAUCUUAAGAGGAAGAGGGAGAAAGGUAAAUUCAGUGUUUAACACUUAAUUGUCACCUGAAACCUUAAGUGCAAAUAUUUGCACCGUUUUCUGAAGCAGUGGACAGGUGCAUAAAGCUGUAAUAUAUAUAGAAAGCAGGUAGGUGACGUACAGUUGGGUCAUAGGAUAAUUACAAUGAAGGUUAUUUGCCUACUGUAUAUUUGUGUAUUUAGUGUAAUUACUUUGUAAAAUAGAAAACUGUAACUAUUUAGGUUGUACAGAUUGAAGUUUAGUUGUUUCAUUGGCUGAUCUGAAGAAGUUUGGAAAGUUUUUUUGGGUUUUUUUUUUUUUUUUUUUUAAUGCUACAUAAAUAAGAAUGCACCUACGCAACUGUUCGAAUUUGGCAGAUUUAUGCUGUUUGUGUAAGUUCUGAAGUUCCCUGGCUGCUGAUUAUCUUGAAGUAAAUCUUUGUUCAUUGUAGUUUGGUUCAAGACAGGAAAAACCACUCCAAAAAUUAUCAAACCCUGCUAGCAAAGAAUUUAAAAAACAAAAAAAAAAAAAUUGGAUUUCCCAGUAUGGAUUUUUUGCAUAUGAUCUGUAUAGUAGUAUGCAUAUGUUUUUGUGCAUGUUCUCUAAACAGU